AUGCCAUCUACUCGUCACGCCAAAGAAGCGCAUCGCGGCGGUCCGACCGGCAGGCCUGAUGGCACGCUUCCCAAGAAGGACAAGGAACCGCGGGAGUCCGGCUGGUACAAGUACGAUUCAGAUUGGUACUACGGUGACUAUGUCGAUGAUUGUUGCAAUCGCUGGUGGAGCGGAGGUGUUCAAUUUGAACAGAGAUGGGCCUGGAAGUGGGAUCCCCGCCGUCAGCGCAGUGGCAAGGUAUACUGGAGCGAGGCGGUAAAGCCGGCCUCCACGCUGCGUCGAAACGAACAGGCUCAGCGGUAUAGCGGAACACGGAGCGCAGCGGAGCCGCGGAGCAAUGCCGCACACCGCGGGAAAAAUGACACCGACAGCGAUGAUGACGACUGGUGUCGACGCUCGUCGGAUGGCGGCAACGACCACCCGAACAGUGCCGAUUCUGCCUCAUCCGCUGAGUGUGUAUCGGUGUACCACUGUCGCGUCGAAGAAGAGGACUCCGACGCCGAUGCCCGGUACGGAAGGAACGAAUUGGGUAACGAUUAUGCCGCGUAUCCAGAUGGGGCUUACGAGUACGCGAACCAAGAUGGCACGCACUACCAGGAAAAUGCGGACGGAGACCGAAUCUUCGAAAAUGCAGAUGGGACCUCGGGCUGGGUCGAGGAUGCAGACGGGAACCGCGAGUACUUCAAUGAAAACACUUGCAGUGACAACUCGAACUCGGAUACUGAUGACGAACGCCACAACGAUAACGAAGACAGUGAGGUGGACGAGAACCCGCAUGCAGAUGAGUCCGCUGGCAGUAGUGACUACGAGAAUGCUGUGGGCAGCAGCCACGCAAGUGGCAACAGUGAUGUGGAGGACGGUAGCGACAAUAACGGAGGUGGUAACGAUGAUGGAGGGGGAAGCAGCUCCGGGGACGAUAGCGGUGGCGAUGAUUACGACAGUGGCGACGCUGAUUGCAACAGCGACGGCGAUGAUUCCGACAGCGGCGGCUAUGAUGACGAUAGUGGAGGCAGUGACGGCUACGAUAGCGGCGACGAUUCUGAUUGA